GGGGCGCAAGCGCACUGCACUGCGAGUCUCGGGACCCCUUUCGGAGAGGCUAUGGCGCUCAACAAGAACCAUUCGGAGGGCGGCGGAGUGAUCGUCAACAACACUGAGAGCAUCCUAAUGUCCUAUGACCAUGUGGAACUUACGUUCAAUGACAUGAAGAAUGUGCCAGAGGCCUUCAAAGGGACCAAGAAAGGCACCGUCUACCUUACACCUUAUCGGGUCAUCUUUCUGUCCAAGGGGAAGGAUGCCAUGCAGUCCUUCAUGAUGCCAUUCUACCUGAUGAAGGACUGUGAGAUCAAGCAGCCUGUGUUUGGUGCAAACUACAUCAAGGGAACAGUGAAGGCUGAAGCAGGAGGUGGCUGGGAAGGCUCUGCUUCCUACAAGUUGAUCUUCAUAGCAGGGGGCGCCAUUGAGUUUGGACAACGGAUGCUCCAGGUGGCAUCUCAAGCCUCCAGAGGUGAAGCCCCCAAUGGAGCCUAUGGCUACUCUUACAUGCCCAGCGGGGCCUAUGUCUUUCCCCCGCCAGUCGCCAAUGGAAUGUACCCCUGCCCUCCUGGCUACCCUUAUCCACCACCCCCACCCGAGUUCUACCCAGGACCUCCCAUGAUGGACGGGGCCAUGGGGUACGUGCAGCCACCACCACCGCCCUAUCCUGGGCCCAUGGAACCUCCGGUCAGCGGCCCUGAUGUCCCCUCCACUCCUGCAGCCGAAGCCAAGGCCGCAGAAGCAGCUGCCAGCGCCUAUUACAACCCGGGCAACCCACACAACGUCUACAUGCCCACGAGCCAGCCUCCGCCACCUCCCUACUACCCCCCCGAAGAUAAGAAGACCCAGUAGACCCCUCAACCCCCCAUCACUUCCCACCCCUCCCCGUGGGGCAGCGUCGGGUUGAGGGUGGCGAGGAGGGCCCUGUUCUUCCUCCAGGUCUGGUUACAACUGGCCCCGUGGGAAGGGGCUGCCCCCCUGGAGAGGUGCCUCCCGGCUCCCACUCCAGCCUGGAGCCCAUGGCAGGUCCUCCUCGGGAGCGCGGGGUGCCCCCCUUGUUCUUGUGUCGCUCUAGUAGCUUCUCCCCAUGAGGGACUCUCUGGCCACCUCCUCCACUGCAGUCCAGCUCCCUCGGUCUGAUAGUCACUCCACACUCAGUCUCACGAGCCCUGUCAUACCAACCACGUGUCAUCCCCGCAGGCCCCUGCCAGACCCCACUGACAUUCCCUCCAGUGGUCUGUGUCCAGCCAUGGAAGGCCACUGUCCUGCGGACCAUCAGCUGUCCCCAGCCCCAGUCAUAUCCCCUUCCCUGUCCUUGGUCAUUCUCUUGCCACCCUGCGUGACUUUGGGAGCUCUCACGUGAGCUUCUGGGGUUGGGGUGGCGUGGGACAAGGUCACUGCGGCUGGGGAGAAAGCCCCACUGUUUCCCUGUCAGUGUUUCUGGAAUGUAUUUUCCCUCUCGCUUCACUUCCCUCUAGCAGGGGCCUCUCAACGGGGACCGGAGAAUGCAUGUCUGUCCCAUCACACCAUUUGAGGGCUGCUGACUGUGACCUGCGCCAGCGCCUCAGCCUCCCUCUUCCCCUAAAGCUUCAUGCCCCCUGGAUGCACUAGAAUUUUCCUUUGUUGUUCCUGGACUGACCAUGAAGUGAGGAGAUGGUUAUUUAAAGAGAAUUCCCUAUUUAUUUGACAAAAAAUUCUGUUAAUAUAUUAAUGUGAAAUAAACCCUGUUUGCACCUUGA